AUGAGACCGCGAGAAGACGAGGAAGAAAAUUCCGAAAUAUCGCCCGGAGACGGUUCAGGAACUGCGGAGGCGACGAGGCCAUCCCUGUCGCCUAUAUUUCCGAAGACCCCGAGCCAUCGACCCAAUUCCUCUCUUGAGAAUUCGAAGGGAACCCAUCGAUCAGAGGGACCGGUUCCCGUCCUUCCCAGCGAUACCGCAGGACCGCCGAUACCGCCCGGUGACAGUACCGGAGUUGGAGGACCAGGGGCGCGGAACGGAGAAAAGCAGGGAGGACCCCAUAGGUCUGAUACUGGAGGUGAAACUGGAUCCGGGGGUUCAACCAGGGCCGACUAUUCAACCGGCGCUGGGUAUCCAGCUGGAGCCGGGGGUUCGGCCGGCGGCUCCUCCGAGUCCGAAAGUACUAGGGGAUCCGGUGGUUCUGGAGGAACCGGAGAUACUGCCGGAGCCGGGGGUGAUCCGGGCAGUGUGCGGCCUCCGAGUCGCCCGAAGGGAAGACCUCGCCGUCAAACACUUGGCAUUCAGAUCUCGCAACUCGUCCGACGUCGCGGUACGGGCCAGCCCAGAAAGCUCCAGAGGAGCAACGCCGAUGGUUCCUUCCGACCCGAAAAGGAUAGAGAGGAGGAGAAAGGGCCCUGCCGAAGUGCUCGGCUUAGAAGAAAAUAG